AUGACCGCAGCAGACAACAACUACCCGGAGAGCAUAUCAAGGAUAUGUGGCGAGCUCCAGAACUUGUCGACACAGAUGCUCGAGCUGCGCAGGACAGAGCCAAGAUUCCCAACUCCAGCUGAAGCAGCGCCAUCAGAGGCACGCGACGACACUGCGAUGGAUGUCGAUCAGGUUAAGAAGCCAGUUUUUGAUUUCGACCCUACACUCCAGAAGAAACUGCACGAAGGCGUUGUAGAAGGACACCGCAACCUGGCUCUCCUCAAGAGCCUGAACCGACAGAUCCACCAACAAGGGCGCAACCUCAGGAACGAGUUGACAGAGCAGAAAUUGAGCGUUGGCAAAGUUGAUCUGGGCUUUCAGAACAUCAAAUAUCAGCGCAAAUAUCUCAUGAACGAGAUCGCACGCUGUCACGACAUGGAGACGUUUUACCAGGAUGUGCCAUUGGUGACAAUGGACGAGUUUAGGCAAGUGGCACCAGAGAGCCUCACAAACACGACGAGCGACCAUCAACUCAUGCUGAAUCGACUCCAGUUUGAACUUGAGGAGCGGAAGCGAUAUGAUGCAGAGAAGAGGCGACUCUUGGCGGUCAAAGUCCAGCUGACAAAAGCUAACAAGGCUCGCAAGGCCCAACUUAACAGGGUCGAGACGCAACUGGAGGCUUAUAUCCAAUCCAGUCAGUCUCUUCAGGAUCUCUUCCAGGAACCCGUCGAGCCUAUUCGCUCGCAUCACGAUAUCCUUAACGUCGACGGAGCAGGAUCGGCUUCUAACAACGGCGAGGCUAACGGUGUAAACAAAACAGGAGGGGCACUGGGAAUAACUGGCGGUGUGGCGUCUCCCAUGGUGAGCUCGCCAGCUCACUCUCAGCAGGAGGUGGUCGCAGCCGAUGUCGGGUUAGUGGCGCCAUUGCGUGUCGGAACAACAGAGUUAUUGAAGAGGAACGAUAUCGCCCAACUGUUGCCUCAGCCGCUUUAUGUGCUCUUCCGUCAGGCUUGUGCAUUCUCUGCUACCUUCGGAGAUGAGGUUCGUGCCGAGAUUCAGGGAGAUAUUGCGGCGGCUCAAGUGGAGGCAGGAGUUCAUGCGGCGGCAAAACAGGCUGCCUCGUUACCCAAGAACAACAACCAGAAUGACAUGGCUCGCGCAGGAGAUGUUGCAGGGGCUUUCAAUGCUGAUUCGCCAAUGUUGCAGAAGGAUGGUCAGGCAGAGGAUGAAGAUGUGCGCGAGAAGGAGCGAAGAGGAUCCGAGUCUGAAACCCAAAACCAAUACGAGAAGUUCCCCUUGGAAGUUAUCAUCAAGAUCAAGAAGGACGCAUUGGUUUCUUCGCAUACGAUUGCACACCUUCGGUUCACAUACCUCAUGCGUCUUGGGAUUGUGGUAGUCGCGGUGGACUCUGCUCCUGGUAUUUUGAAACUGGACCCUUCACUUCUUUUGCAAGAAUUAUUCCCCAAAGACUAUGGCGAGAUCUGUCCCAACCCCGAGGCAGCCUUCUUGGGCCUGACGGCCUUUGAUACUCUGGUCUCUGGCGAUGGGAGCGUUGGCGAGCAAGGAUCCGAUCUGCAGAUGGAUGUCAAAAAGUCAGGAGGAUAUGCCUACCGCUGGGCACAGGAGCUUUGCGGUCUCGAGUUUCUGGGACCUCUUUCACAAGGAUGGGGACCUGUUUCGGGCACGGAGCUGGAGAAUUUAGCGGUGGAUGAUAUGGCGUCAUUCUCUCAGGCUGUGCUUUCUGGACAUGGAAAUAGGAGAGCGUUCUUAAGCCAGGUGAUUCGCAUGAUUCGGAACCGUCGUAGGGCGUGGAAGUCGCUUGAGAGACAGCUGGAGGACCUGGAUAGGGGUGUGAUCCCCAGCCUGAAGGGUAGAGCUCUGGAGUUUGCUCUGGGUAUGGCUCAACCCGUAGGUAAUGCUCGUCACAAGGUCACGAUCUCUAAAUGGCAGACGACGGAUGAUACUUCCUCGAAGGGAUCGACCAUGUACAAGGUGCAGUUGGUCAUGCCAGACCCACUGAUAUCCUCCACCAGGAGCACUGUCACGGCCAAGGUGAUUGUUGUUGAGGCUACUGUCGAGAUUGCACUUUCUUAUGUCGAGCGUGUGCCAAAGUGGGAGUUGAAGCCUGGUCCUGGGUUCCCGAGCACUAUGAGGACGACGAGCAGCAAUAUUGGUGGUGCCAACGGCGGUGGCGAGGAUAACGAGUCAGGAGCUAUGUUGGUCGAUGAUGGAGGGGUCGCCUCUAAUACUGCCUCUCCAGCUCUCCCCAAAGGAAGCCAGGAAGAUGAGAUCAAGGACCGAUCACCGUUCCUGGAUUCAUUGAUGUACACUGUGAACAACGAGCUUCCAGCGGCAUUGUACGGAGCAGAGCCUGGCGAGAGGAACAUGUUGCUCUCUGUGCAGUUGACGCGAAUUGUUACCGACUUGUCGACUGUUCUCGAGACCGUCUCCUACUAA